UCCAUUACGGGGAAGGGGAAAAGGGUGACGGCAUUCGAAAAGCUCUACUUUUUCUUCUCCUUUAGGUCUCGAGGAAUUCUCUCGUUCUCGGAGGCCCCCUUCCUGUCCAAGAGCUUGUUCUUUGCUUUGAUUCGCCUUGUUCUUUCAGAGAAAAAACAAACUCGGCAAAAAAAAUAUAUUCUUUGCUUUGCAUUUGGUCUCGCUCUCUCUCUAUCUCUCCUUCUCGAUAGUUUUCGUUUCUUUUUUUUUUUUCCCUCACUUGCUGUUACAGUGAUAGGUAGGGGCUGUUGCUAUCAAUUUCACCGAGCAAAAAGAAAGAAGGAAAAAAAAACGAUUUUUUGAACUGGGAUUGGGUUGCAAGGUGUUUCUAUCCGCAUUCGUCUUCCUCAAGAAAUCAUUCUGUAUAGAUUUCUGUCUCUUUCCGACUUUAGUCUCUAGCUCCGUUGUUUCCAAAUCUUUAUUUAAAAGAGAAAAAAAAUUGAGUUUUUGAGAAAAAAUUGAGAAAAAAUCACUCGCUUCAAAACGACCAGAUUUUUGCAGGGACUUUUGUGGUGUUCACCAGCUCUUCUUCUAAAAUACCGACCAUCGGAGAUCCUGCGAUUUUUUCCAGCAAAAGGUGGUUUCUUUCUUUCCCAAAAAUAUAUAAAAGGGAACCGAAUUUAUUUUUGGGCGGUGCUUGCUCUGUUCCUUAUCCGCGUUGGCCUCCACAUUUCCUGUCAUUGUCUCUUAGUCUUAUUCCGUCGAGGAGACAAAAAGGAAUCCUUUUUCGUUCCAUCCAGUCGAUUCAAAUUUCCUCCAAUUCCAGCAACCCUGUUGUAUUCAAAAUAAUAUUAAUUAAUUAAUUAAUCAAUCAAUUCGCCUCCUGUUUCUAUAUAUUUUUAUAUCAUAUCAUGUACUCAAAUCUUACCCUGCUGCUACUUGUUCUCUCUCUCCUAUAAUUUCUUUGAGUUUUCUUGUUCUUCAAUCCUGUUGUCCGGAGGUGGUGUGCUAUAGUCAGGAAGGAAGGUGGUUUUCCGGUAGAAUUAGCCGGAAAACCAUGGCAGGUUGCCGGGUGGUAGUAUGGCUUCUCUUCAUUGGCUUCUUUUGUUCCAUGGUGGAAGGCCUUGGGGUGAACUGGGGGACGAUGGCCACGCACCCGCUGCCGCCGGAGAUCGUGGUUCAGCUCCUCAAGGACAACGGGAUCAAGAAGGUUAAGCUGUUCGAUGCUGACGCCGCCACGAUGAGCGCGCUGGCCGGGAGCGGGAUAGAGGUCAUGGUCGCCAUCCCCAACAAUCAACUCGGUGCGAUGAAUGAUUACGCCACGGCGAAGAAGUGGGUCAACAGGAAUGUCACUCGGUACAAUUUCGAUGGAGGAGUGAACAUUAAAUAUGUAGCAGUUGGAAAUGAACCCUUCCUGUCAUCUUACAAUGGUUCAUUCUUGAAUGUGACUUUUCCUGCAUUGCAGAACAUCCAAAAUGCCCUCAAUGAGGCAGGGGCUGGCGGCAUAAAGGCCACUGUUCCUCUCAAUGCUGAUGUUUAUAAUUCCCCUACAAACAACCCAGUCCCAUCAGCAGGAAGGUUCCGAUCGGAUAUCAAUGAUCUCAUGACUCAGAUUGUCCAGUUCUUGAACCAGGCUGGUGCUCUCACUGUUAACAUAUACCCUUUCCUAAGUCUGUAUGACAAUGACAACUUCCCGUUGGACUUUGCUUUCUUUGAUGGAACGAGCCAACCUGUUGUUGAUAAUGGGAUUCAAUACGCCAAUGUGUUUGAUGCCAACUUUGAUACUUUGGUCUCGGCUCUAAAGGCAGUUGGAUUAGGUGAUCUGCCAGUCAUUGUUGGAGAGGUUGGAUGGCCAACCGAUGGUGACAAAAAUGCAAAAGCAUCCUAUGCCCAGAGGUUCUACAACGGUCUUCUAAAGCGUCUUGCAGCAAAUAGUGGAACACCGCUCCGUCCCAACCAGUACUUAGAAGUAUAUUUGUUUAGCUUAAUCGAUGAAGAUGCCAAAAGUAUAGCUCCAGGAAACUUCGAACGGCACUGGGGGAUCUUGAAGUAUGAUGGGCAGCCCAAGUUCCCUAUGGAUCUUUCUGGUCAGGGACAGAAUAAGAUGCUCGUGGCAGCAAAGAACGUGGAGUAUUUACCUCAGACAUGGUGUGUGUUCAAUCCAAAUGCCAAAGACCUAAGCAAGCUAGGAGACAACAUUAACUAUGCUUGCACUUUCUCUGAUUGCACUCCACUUGGGUAUGAAUCUACAUGCAAUCAGUUGGAUGCCAAUGGCAAUGCUUCCUAUGCCUUCAACAUGUACUUCCAAGUUCAGAACCAAAAGGACAUGAGCUGUUUUUUCCAAGGUCUCGCUAUGCAGACGACACAGAACCCCUCUACAGCAGAAUGCAAUUUCACUAUACAGAUCAAAACAUCUGCUUCAGCUCUCUCUCUUCCACCAUUGCUCUUGGUAUUUGUGUCAUUGCUCCUUGCAUUUUUCAUGCUUUAACUGAAGUUUGGUUGUGGAAAUUUUGAACAUAUUGCUGUUAAAUUGGUUUAUUUUUGCCAGCCAGUAGUAUGUGAGAUACAAAGGUAGUGCUCCUCCUUAGGUUCAUGGAAUAAAGCUCGAAGGGAUUGAGUCCCUUAUUUAUCA